UUUUCCUUAUUUUUAUAGGCCAUUUGACAAGUCCAAAAGUACAAGUGUUUUGAUCAGUUUUGGUUGUUACUUAUGCUUAUAUUUAAUAACAAAUUAUAAAUUUACUCCAUAUCAGACAUAUUUUUGAAUUCCCGAAACUCUUAAUUCGGAAAUACCUUUUCUAUACUAUGUGGAUACUACUGAAUUAAUAUUGCUUUACAUACAAUGGAUAUUAUAAUUAAAGUAAACAAUCAAUCAGUGGGAAGAGACAAAAUAGCCAGGUUGUUGCAAUAUACAAGUCGGCUCGUUUGGCAUCAGCUUGAAUCCAGAAAUGCUAAUAAGUAUUCUGUUGACAGAGUAAAAAGUUUAGAAAAUACUCUAAGUUCAUUUAGAAAAGUUCUUCGACUAGGACGGUGUGUAGAUAUUUUCUAUAAUGCACUCAGCACCAUAAAUAUUGAAGAUCCAAUCUUACGAUUUACUCUAACAGCAAGUAAAUUAGCACAUGCCUUAUACCUGUAUGCGGACCACAUAGUAUGGUUAUCGAAAAAUGGUUUUCUAAAGUCUGAUUCAAACGGCUGGAGUCAGACAGCAAACAGAUUCUGGCUGUUAUCAAUUAUUGCAAACUUAGCAAGAGAUUUUUAUGAAAUACUACAUAUUUUAGAUUUUAAAAAAUCUAUGUUUCUAAAACCUUCAGACUUGAUUAACGUUCCUGUGAGAAAUUUCGAUUUUAAUUCUAGUUUGAAACACCUCUAUGCAAUUCUACAUUGUCAUAAAGAUAUAUUUAUUGAUACUGCCAAAAAUUCUUGUGAUUUAUUCAUUCCAUUGACUGCAUUAGGAUAUACAAAAUUGAGUCCGAGCACAGUUGGGGUGUUAGGAGCUAUGUCAUCUCUUGCUGCAUUGGUUACUUUAGUAAAACCUAUCACAAAAUUAGUGCCAGCUUGAAUAAAUCAUAUACAUAACAAGGGUAAACUGAUAUAGUAAUUUUAUUGUUGGUAUACACCUUUGUCAUAAACAUUAUGUAUGUGAUGAUUUCUUUAAUUUCGACUUUUUACAUACAGUUUUUUUUGUUAAUUAUUAAAAAAAAAACAAAGAUGUAUUAUUUCUAGUAGUUAUAUUGGUACUGGGAUAUUUUUAAUUUAGUAGCAAUUAUUGUGUUAUUGUUUUCCUUACUAUACUAUUUGUGAAGAACCUACCAUUUUGUGUAAUAAAAUUUAAUUGAUAUAAUUUUGAACGAUUAAGGAAUAUAGUCACUUAUUGGGCCAAUUAUUAUUUAAAAUAUGUUUUUUGAUAUUUUAAGUGUUAUUUUAUAACGAAUAUCAAGAAAAGUUGUGUUAUUUUGAAAACUU